AUGAUUGCUUCAAAUAAAUCACGUACGGAUAAACUGGAUCUUAGUCCUUAUCAUCAAUUAAGAAGAACUGAAGCAAAAGUGAAACAUAUCGAACCAGAAAGACAAAUGAGCACAGAAGAAAUGCACAAUUUGUUCCACAGUGUUGAAAACACAGCAACCAAACAUGGAAACGUACAUGGUAAACGACAGAAAGAACAAUCUGGAAAAACAUCCUCUCAUGAAGAGUAUGACAGAUCUGGUGUUUGUAAAUUACCCUAUCUGAAUCCGUAUGACCCUGCCAUAAAGCCAAUUAUCGGACAAACAGAACUCAAAUGCAAAUAUGAGUCAAUUAUAUAUGAGAAUGGUCAAAGACUUUCAGUGAAUUGGACUGCUGUUAAACUUUCAAAUGUAUCUUCCACAUUUGCAUAUUGUACUUACAAGCCUAUAAGUAGACCGGCGGUAGUAACUGAUCACAAUUACUUUGAGUAUGGACAAGAGAGUGUCCGAUUUACUGAGUCCAUUGAUGUUGCAGAUGAAUUUAUUCGAGUCCAAUGCUAUAAUUCCAGCCAUGAAGUUGUAUUUCAAAGUUUUCAUCAGUUUGUUUUAUUAAAAGAGGAAGUUGAGAUGAGAUGCAACAAAGCUUUUAAGGAACACUUACACAACAAAACAGUAAAGGAAACAAUGAAUGUGAUCCUCUUAGGCAUUGACUCUGUUUCCAGGUUACAGUCUAUAAGAUCACUUAAGCGAACAAGGGCCUAUCUGCUUGAUGUACUUGGUGCUGUAGAACUUACAUUGUAUAACAAAGUCGCCGAUAAUACCUUUGUGAAUAUUGUACCCAUGACAUUGGGGAAGUUUAUCGAAGAGAUGCCAUACAAUGAAUCAGUUGGCUCGAAUGAACCGUUUGACAAAUACAACUUCAUUUGGAAACAAUUUUCUAUGAAGGGUUAUCGAACGUUGUUUGCCGAAGAUGCUCCAAACAUGGGUACUUUUGAUUAUGCAAAAAAGGGGUUUCACCGAUAUCCCACAGAUUAUUUUAAUAGGCAUUUCUCUGUCGCUAUGGAUAAAGAACGAGAAUUAUGGAAUACUGAUGAACUGUGUGUAGGAAAUCGAUUGGAAAGUGCUUAUAUAUUAGAUUACACUUUUGGUUUUGCACACCUUCACAAACACGAGCCAUACUUUGCAUUUUCCUUCAUAGCAAGAUUGACCCAUGAUGAUUUUUAUUAUGCUCAAUAUGCAGAUUUGCCUCUUUUUAAUUUCAUAAAAGAUCUGGAUGAAGGUCAGCUGCUUAAUAAUACAUUAUUGAUUAUUUUCAGUGAUCAUGGAGUGCGGUUUGGGAAAGUACGUGAUACGUACAUUGGUAUGAUGGAGGAACGGCUACCGAUGAUGUUCUUAAGAUUUCCUCCGUGGUUUAAAGAAAAGUACUCCUUUCUUUGGAAUAACCUGAGGAAAAACGCCAACCGCCUCUCAACACCGUUUGAUAUCUAUGAAACUCUCAAAGACGUCUUAAAUUUUGAUGACGAUAUACUAAAAAGAAAAGAUCAAAGCAGAGGUGUUAGUUUAUUUCGAGAGAUUACGGAGUCGAGAACUUGUGCUGAAGCUGGUAUCCUUCCUCACUGGUGUGCAUGCGCAGAACGUAAGGAAGUCAGCACUUCAGAUUCCAUAAUAAUUAAUGUUGCUAAAUUUCUUGUCAAAAGUAUUAACGAUAAGUUAAAAGAUUCUCGAGACAAAUGUGAAGUUAUAGGCUUAUCAGAAAUUAGAAGUGCAUCUCGAUUACGAAUAUCGGACAGAGUUCUGGAUUAUGUGAGUAAGAAAUCAGGGAAAGUAAAAACUCAAAAUCAUUAUCAGAUUAAAAUUAAGACAAACCCAGGGAAUGCUUUAUUUGAAGCAACCAUUUUUCAAGAUGAAAGGCUGCAUAUUCGGAGAGUAGAAGGCGACAUUAGCAGAAUAAAUAUAUAUGGAAACCAGUCAUCUUGUAUCAAGAAUAACUAUGAACUGAAAAAAUAUUGCGUCUGUAAAUUAUUAGUCUAA